AUGGCGGCCGAAGGUGAAGAUGAGCGGACAGCAAAGGCUCAUCGCGAACGCAAAUCUGGGCCUAAAGCCGAGAAGAAGAAGAAGCGAAAACAAGCCCAAAAUGAAGAUGGUAAUCAGAAGAAUCCGAAGGCUUUCACAUUUCAAUCGACGGUGCGAGCAGCUCGUCAGAUUCGACGAAAACUUGACGUUCAAACGAAGAAACAUCAUGUCCCAUUGGUAGAUCGUACGCCGUUAGAACCGCCACCGAUUGUUGUGGCUGUGAUAGGACCUCCUAAAGUGGGUAAAAGUACGUUGAUUGGGUCACUGUUGAAGAACUUUACACGACAGAAUCUCACAACUAUUAAAGGUCCAAUCACUAUAGUGUCAG